CAAGAAGCUUCUCUUUCGCGAUGCGCAAAUGAAUCUCCAACCACGGCGUCCAGGACCACUUGGAGUUACGAUAAGCUGGAGUCGUUUGGAGCUUCAUCUAAGGACGUGGACAAUGACCGCUUUGCUGCAACAUUGAGCUUCAGAGCUGGAGGAGUGCUUGGGCCCUGGUUUCUCGGGAGGAUGAC